UGCGUGCGGCGGUGGAGGGGGGGGCAAUUGAAGGCCAGGGGGGGCAAUUAAUUCCCCGGCCCCCCGGAAUAUCUGAUGUGCUGCAGAUCCGCCCCGAGCAGCGGCUCCCUCCUCCCCAGCCAUGGAUUGUCUCUGCAUAGUCACCACCAAGAAAUAUCGCUACCAAGAUGAGGACAGCCCGCCCCUGGAGCAGAGCCCGGCGCAUCUCCCCAACCAGGUAAAGGCCCCCGAGCUGGUGCACGUCUCGGAGAAGAACCUGUCCCAGAUCGAGAACGUCCACGGCUACGUGUCCCACUCCCACGUCUCCCCCAUGAAGGCGAAUUCUCCGCCCGUCAUCGUCAACACGGACACGCUGGAGGCGCCGGCAUAUGUGAACGGGACGGAGGGGGAGAUGGAGUACGAAGAAAUCACGUUAGAACGGGGUAACUCCGGGCUGGGGUUCAGCAUUGCUGGGGGGACGGACAACCCCCACAUUGGGGACGACCCCAGUAUCUUCAUCACGAAAAUCAUCCCUGGGGGAGCGGCAGCUCAGGACGGCCGCCUCAGGGUGAACGACAGCAUCCUGUUUGUGAACGAUGUGGACGUGCGAGAGGUGACACACAGCACGGCGGUGGAGGCGCUGAAGGAAGCCGGCUCCAUCGUGCGUCUCUACGUCAUGCGGCGUAAGGCCCUGGCCGAGAAGGUCAUGGAGGUGAAGCUCAUCAAGGGGCCCAAAGGUCUGGGGUUCAGCAUCGCAGGGGGUGUCGGGAACCAGCACAUCCCGGGGGAUAACAGCAUCUACGUCACCAAGAUCAUCGAGGGGGGGGCCGCCCACAAGGACGGGCGCCUCCAGAUCGGGGACAAGAUCCUGGCGGUGAACAACGUCAGCCUGGAGGAUGUGAUGCAUGAGGAUGCCGUGGCCGCGCUGAAGAACACGUACGACGUCGUCUACCUGAAGGUGGCCAAACCCACCAACAUGUACCUCAACGACUCCUACGCCCCACCCGACAUCACCACCUCGUAUUCCCAGCACCUGGACAAUGAAAUCAGCCACCAGAGUUACCUGGGGACCGACUACCCCCAAGCCAUGACCCCCACCUCCCCCCGGCGCUACUCCCCCAUCCCCAAGGAGAUGAUGGGGGAAGAGGACAUACCCAGGGAACCCCGCCGGAUCAUCAUCCACCGCGGCUCGACGGGCCUGGGAUUCAACAUUGUCGGGGGUGAGGACGGCGAAGGAAUCUUCAUCUCCUUCAUCCUGGCUGGGGGGCCGGCUGACCUGAGUGGGGAGCUGCGGAAAGGGGACCAGAUCCUCUCGGUGAACGGGGUGGAUCUCCGGAACGCAACACACGAGCAGGCUGCCAUCGCUCUGAAAAAUGCUGGGCAGACGGUGACGAUCAUCGCACAGUAUAAACCUGAUGAGUACAGCCGCUUCGAGGCCAAAAUCCAUGACCUGCGGGAGCAGCUGAUGAGCAGCAGUCUGGGCUCGGGGACGGCGUCGCUCCGCAGCAACCCCAAGAGGGGCUUUUACAUCCGGGCGCUGUUCGACUACGACAAGACGAAGGACUGCGGGUUCCUGAGCCAGGCGCUGAGUUUCCGCUUCGGGGACGUGCUGCACGUGGUGGACGCCUCGGACGAUGAGUGGUGGCAGGCGCGGCGGGUCCACCCCGACGGGGAGGGGGACGAGAUCGGCUUCGUGCCCAGCAAGAGACGGGUGGAGCGCCGGGAGUGGACGCGGUUAAAGGCCAAGGAUCGGGUGCCAGGAUCGGGCUCUCAAGGUCGGGAGGAUUCGGUGUUGAGCUACGAGACAGUGAUGCAGAUGGAAGUGCACUACGCUCGCCCCAUUAUCAUCCUGGGGCCCACCAAGGACCGAGCGAACGACGAUCUGCUCUCCGAGUUCCCCGACAAGUUCGGCUCCUGUGUCCCCCACACCACGCGGCCGAAGCGGGAGUACGAGGUGGACGGGCGGGACUAUCACUUCGUGGCGUCGCGGGAGAAGAUGGAGAAGGACAUCCAGGGCCACAAGUUCAUCGAGGCCGGGCAAUACAACAGCCACCUGUACGGGACCAGCGUCCAGUCCGUGCGCGAGGUGGCCGAGCAGGGCAAACACUGCAUCCUGGACGUCUCGGCCAACGCCGUGCGGCGGCUCCAGGCCGCCCAGCUCCACCCGAUCGCCAUCUUCAUCCGGCCCCGGUCCCUGGAGAAUGUCCUGGAGAUCAGCAAGCGGAUAACAGAGGAGCAGGCGCGAAAAGCCUUCGACCGAGCCAUCAAACUGGAACAAGAAUUCACAGAGUGCUUCUCGGCCAUCGUCGAAGGCGAGAGUUUCGAGGAGAUCUACCACAAAAUCAAACGGAUUAUCGAGGAACUUUCGGGGCCGUACAUCUGGAUCCCGGCCCGGGAGAGACUUUAGGGACCUCCCCGUUCGGUGGGAACUGCGGCCCGACCCAGAACUGAGCCGUUCGCUUUCUUUUCGGGGAGGAGGUUUCGGGGGCAGGGGGGGGGAAGGGAUCCGGUCUAUUUCUUUCUUCUUCUCCUUUCUGGAUUUUUUUUUCUCGCAAUCCUUCGCCUGGCUCCUUCCCCUCCCCCCCCCAGCCAAGAUCCGCUCCUGUCUCUUUGCACCCAGGAAAAGCGCUCUGUGCAUGCUUGUAUUUUUUCGAGAGGUGUUGGCUUGUGACGUCUGCGCUUCUGGCAUUUUGCUUUCGAUCCCCCCGUCCGCCCCCCAUCCCCAUCAGAUCCGGACCCUGGGAUCCAAUCGAGGAGAUGCGUGAAGGACCGGAAAGGGGGCGGAGGAGAAGAAAGGAACGAAACACACCGAGAAAAAAUGAAGAGAAGGGUGGAGCAAAAGCGCAUCUCUGGAGGAUCGGAAAACCGGAUUUCUUGGGCAAAAACUAUUCCGCCCGCCGAGAUGAAAGGACACCCGGUUUCUUUUCGGAGUGGAAUCGACCCCAGAUUUGGCGCGUUCUUUGGAGGGGAAAACGAGCGGCGUGGAAGGAUAAAGCAGGGAAAACGGAUUAAAAAACCACCAACUGCUUUGAGGCUAUUUAUUUAUUUUUUGCUUUCCCGGCCGGGGACAGAGGAGAAAAUAACCCACGAUCCUCCUUUAUCUUUCUACCCAACCGAAGGGAAACUUUCUUUUUAAACCAACGCGGGAAGGCACGUCGGCGAGAGACACCCGAUCGCCCUGUCUCCAAAAGGCAGGCGCUUUGCCGAUUUAUUCCCCCCCCCCGCGCCCGUGAUGUUUCCAGACGGAUCGGACCAAUUCUUUUCCUUUCCUUUUUCUUUCUCAGUACGGUUCAGCUCCUUCCCUUUUCGGCGCAUGGUGGCUUUAAAAAAAACAACCAAACAAAAAAGCAACAGGAAAACGUGACAAAAAAAAAUGAGCAUUUUGCUGUUCGGCAAUUUCUACUUUUCUUUCCGGGCGGAGAAAAGACUCGUGGGGGGGGGGAUCCGAAACACAUUUUCGACGUUCUGUGAAUAUUUCUUUUUCUCUUGGGGUCAUAGCGAGUAUUUCGGUCUGGCUGUGCGUGAUUGUAUGAAACUGGGGAUGGGUGGGCGGGGAGAUGUCAGACGGUCCUUCCUUUUCUCGUUACAGGCAUUUUCGUUGGGACAUGUUCUUAAUUAUGACGAUGCUUCUUUCUUUCUUUCUUUUUUUUUUUUUUGUAUAUAAACUCCAGCUGGCCACAGAGACCCUUGCUAGAAAAAAGACCUACCGGUGAAUUUGGGGUGAAUUUGGGUAUGGGGUUGCCCCCCUCCCUCCUGCCCCGGGGCAAGGGGGAAAGGCAGGGGGGGAAGAAAAGAAAGGGGUAAGGGAUGAUCAGUAGGUACCGAGAAACAGGACCAGCUGAGUAUCAUGGUGAGAGCGGGGUGGGGCUGGGAGCCAGGACUCCUGGGUUCACUCCCUGCCUCUGGGAGGGCAGUGAGGGCUGGUGGUUAGAGCAGAGGGGCCUGGGAGCCAGGACGCCUGGGUUCUCUCCCCGGCUCUGGGAGGGGAGUUGCGUCUCGUGGUAAGAGUAGAGGAAGAUGGGAGUCAGGACUCCUGGGUUCUCUCCCUGCCUCUGGGAGGGGAGCAGGGUCUGGUGGGUUAGAGCAGGGGGGCUGGGAGCCAGGACUAAUGGGUUCUCUCCUGCAAAUGCACUUUCUCGGCCUCUGCAGUCACCAUAACCCAUCCCCAGGGCGGCGCUGUUUGCAGUUAAUACCCCCGGGACAGCCGGACGCCCCUCCCCCCCUCCCCAAGUCAGGAGACAACUGACCAGCCAGCCUCCUGUCACCCUGGGCCCCGUCUCUCCUGUACUUCACGCGGGUGAAACAGGAAGCAUUUGGGGGCGGGCAGGAAUUCCCCCCUGGGGGCGCAUUGACCUCUGGGGCUGUUUCAGGUAUAGCGACUGGGGGGGUCUCUUUCCUACAGGGGUCUGGGAAUGGGGGAGGGGGGGAGAAAAGAAUAUUUUGCAUAGAAAUAUUAUUACCACCGGCAGAGAAUUAAAACGGACAAUAUAUAUAUAUAUAUAUAUAUAUCUACCCAA